GUCACUCAUGAGACCCCAUAACCAAUCACAGCUGUGCUAAUGUGCGGUGGGCGGUACAAAAAUGGCGGCUCUCUGAGUUUGCGAAGAGAAAUUGAGGUGUAAAUAAACUCUUCGUGCACAUUUUGCACAACUUAUCAGCUUAUUUCUGUGAAUUAAUUUAUGAGCGACUACUCCGAAGCCAAAAGAUGUCAGGUGACGGCAACAAAAAACAGUUCUGGAAGAGAAACACAGCCAAGGUUCCUGGGAAUAUCCAGCAUGUUUAUGGAGCCCAACAUCCCCCAUUUGACCCUUUGCUACAUGCCAAUCUGAUGAAAGCAGGAAACAAGCCUCCGUCUACCACUACGCCAGGAAAACCAAAGAAAGCCACCACCUUCCAAGAGUUUGAGAGCAUCACCAGUGAUGCCUGGGACGUGGGAGAUGAUGAUGAUGAACUUCUCGCUAUGGCAGCCCAAAAUCUCAACAUUGAGGUUGUCAUGGAGACAGCCAAUAAGGUGAUAGAAAACCACAGCAAGCUGCAGGAAAGAAGACAGCAGCAGAUGGAUAAGAUGACUGAGCCUGACGAAAAAGAUGGACAGGAAGCACACGAGGAAGAGGAGGAAGAGCCAGAUGAAGAGGAUGAGAGAGAGGAAGGGGCAGAGACGACAACAGAUCUGUCGUUCAUCUGA